AUGCUCCCUCCUCAAACAGAACCACAGCCUCCUCCUCUAGACGCCCCGGUGGGAGCCGGAGCGCAGCGGGGCUCUGUGGACCAGCCCAUAGCAGCCCGGGGCUAAGACGGGGCGUAGAGAGGAACCGCCAGAGACGCGGCGGCAGCGACGGGCGCCCCGAAGUGCAGGGGACGCGCCCGCCGGCCUCGUCUGCCUUGCCCUUGACCUCUAGGUUCACCUGGGAGCCCGGGUGGAGGAGUAAUUGAGGAACCCACGGAUCCGACUAGCCACCAGGGGACAAGACUCUGGCCCCUUCAGCGGUCCUUUCCUCGUCCUCGUCCGCUCCAUGCCCGAGAGCUGCGCUUGGAGAGACAUGGAGGAAGCGGGCGCUCAGUGUGCCCCGCCGCUGUCCGUGAGCUCCCAGACGGGGCUUUCGCAAGCCAACGUCUCUGCUGUUCCCUCCCACAACUGCAGCGCCGUGGGCAACAUUUACCAGGACUCAAUAGCCCUGCCCUGGAAAGUAGUACUGGUCAUGCUACUGGCGCUCUUCACCUUGGCCACCACGCUCUCCAAUGCGUUUGUGAUCGCCACUGUGUACCGGACGCGGAAGCUGCAUACCCCCGCCAACUACCUGAUCGCCUCCCUGGCGGUCACCGACCUGCUGGUAUCCAUCCUGGUCAUGCCCGUCAGCACCAUGUACACGGUCACGGGCCGCUGGACGCUGGGCCAGGUGGUGUGCGACUUCUGGCUGUCAUCGGACAUCACCUGUUGCACUGCUUCCAUCUUGCACCUCUGUGUCAUCGCCCUGGACCGGUACUGGGCGAUCACGGACGCCGUGGAGUACUCGGCUAAAAGGACUCCCAAGAGGGCGGCGGUCAUGAUCGCGCUCGUGUGGGUCUUCUCCAUCUCCAUCUCGCUGCCGCCCUUCUUCUGGCGUCAGGCCAAAGCCGAGGAGGAGGUGUCGAACUGCGUGGUGAACACGGAUCACAUCCUUUACACUGUCUACUCCACGGUGGGCGCUUUCUACUUCCCCACCCUGCUGCUCAUCGCCCUCUAUGGCCGCAUCUACGUGGAAGCCCGCUCCCGGAUUUUGAAACAGACGCCCAACAGAACCGGCAAGCGUCUGACCCGAGCCCAGCUGGUUACUGACUCGCCCGGGUCCACGUCUUCCGUCACCUCCAUUAAUUCGCGGGCUGCAGACUUACCCAGCGAAUCGGGGUCUCCUGUGUACGUGAACCAAGUCAAAGUGCGAGUCUCCGACGCCCUGCUGGAGAAGAAGAAACUCAUGGCCGCUAGGGAGCGCAAAGCCACCAAGACCCUGGGAAUCAUUUUGGGAGCGUUCAUUGUGUGUUGGCUGCCCUUCUUCAUCAUCUCCCUGGUGAUGCCUAUCUGCAAGGACGCCUGCUGGUUCCACCUGGCCAUCUUUGACUUCUUCACGUGGCUGGGCUAUGUCAACUCCCUCAUCAACCCCAUCAUCUAUACCAUGUCCAACGAGGACUUCAAACAAGCGUUCCAUAAACUGAUACGCUUUAAGUGCACAAGUUGACUUGUCAAUUGCAGUGGGGUCGCCUAAGCGGCCUUUGGGGGACCAUGUUGUGUCUGGUUCCACAGGUGGGUCAACUCUUUGACUGUUACUGGGUCGGAGUGAGGCUCUCUCUUCUGAGCAAGGGCAAUGGAUCCUGAGAAGCCAGGACAGCCCUGCGAGAGCUCUAAAGGAGAACCGUUCAAACAGCUGAGGAGGGGGCUCACUUUCUCCCCUCAGACCCCAGUUUCAGCACCGACCCUGCCGCAGCCCAUCGCAAGGGGGGUUGCAACUUUCAGAAAAUCGAUGAUGGAGAAGGGAUCCCUGCCCUGCUUUGGUAUCAUGGAUGAUGCCCCCUAGAACCCAAAGUACUUGUAGUUCUUGUCUGGAGCCUGUCUGAGACAUGAUCUACAUACAGCCUGGUAGUACUUGAACUAGAUACUAAUACCCUGUGUUUGGGGGAGAACUUUGUGU